AUGUCUGGUCCUCCCACGAAGUUUGACCCUCAGACUGUUUGGUUUGUCACUGGCUGCUCCUCUGGCCUCGGAAAAGCAUUCGCAAAGAAGGUCUAUUGCGCUGGUCACCGUGUUGUAGCGACAGCUCGCAACGUCGCAGCGCUUUCAUACUUGCCCGAUGAGCCCACGGUGCUCAAACUCAGUCUGGAUGUUACUUGUGGAGAGAAUAUUCUGUCGUCUCUUACACAUGCCGUGAACCAAUUCGGCCGAAUUGACGUGGUCAUCAACAAUGCCGGGUACGGCCUAAUGGGAGACACAGAGGCCAUCGAAGAAGCUGACGCUCGACACCAACUCGAAACCAACUUCUGGGGUCCUGCGCGUAUCACACAAGAGACUUUGAAGAUCUUCCGAGAAGUAAACCCUCGUGGUCAGGGAGGAACGGUCGUUCAGGUCUCGUCGAUGGGUGGAUGGAUGACCGCCCCGGGUCAUGCUUUCUAUCAUGCCAGUAAAUUUGCUCUUGAGGGAUUUACCGAGUCUAUUGCGAAGGAAAUGAAUCCUGACUGGAACAUCAAGUUCUUGAUCAUUGCACCGGGGGGCGUGCGCACGAAUUUUGCCGGCUCAGGCCUCAAGCUUGUCCCUCGACAUCCGGCAUAUGAGUCUCCAACCAGCCAGUUUAGCCAGCUGAUCGAGUAUAUUACCAAUCCGGCUUCCCAGGAGACGUGGAGUGAUCCGGAUGUAUGCGCUCAGUUGUUAUUUGAUGCAGUGACCGGACAAAAAGGACGGCCCCUCCCAACGCGACUGCUCAUGGGCGCCGAAACCAUCCCGUUGAUCAAGGCCGAUAUUCAACAGACCCUUAGGGAGAUUGAUGCGUGGAGCGAGGAGGCGGUGCGGUGUUCACCGAAGGGCGGUGCACACUUAGAUCUAUGAGUGCGCGACUUUCGUGAAACACCCGAAUACAGUGUCUCAAAAGGCUUCAGAUGAUAAGCGGCAGCACAAUGCGAUAG